UAUUUCUCUUUUCUUAGCUCAGUGAGUACUGGGUAUGUGUCACACUGCCAAAUCCCUGAUCACAAGUCUGCGUGAAGGGGCGGUGAGCUGGGAUAAUAAAACCCCUGACAUCAUCAUUCCAGAAGCUUCACAGGACUGAGUAUAUAAGGGGCUGGCUGCAGCCGCAGCUGAAGGAGCCGAGCAGCCAGCCGACCCCGACACCCACCCGCGGCCAUGGACAUCGCCAUCCACCACCCCUGGAUCCGCCGCCCCUUCUUCCCUUUCCACUCGCCCAGCCGCCUCUUCGACCAGUUCUUCGGGGAGCACCUGCUGGAGUCUGACCUCUUCCCCACCUCCACCUCCCUGAGCCCCUUCUACCUUCGGCCACCCUCAUUCCUGCGGGCCCCCAGCUGGAUUGACACCGGGCUCUCAGAGAUGCGUCUGGAGAAAGACAGAUUCUCCGUCAACCUGGAUGUGAAGCACUUCUCCCCAGAAGAACUCAAGGUCAAGGUGCUGGGAGAUGUGAUUGAGGUGCACGGCAAACACGAAGAGCGCCAGGAUGAACACGGUUUCAUUUCCCGGGAGUUCCACAGGAAAUACCGGAUCCCAGCAGACGUGGACCCUCUUGCCAUCACUUCAUCCCUGUCAUCUGAUGGGGUCCUCAGUGUGAAUGGACCAAGGAAACAGGCCGCUGGCCCUGAGCGCACCAUUCCCAUCACUCGUGAAGAUAGGCCCGCUGUCACUGCAGCCUCCAAGAAGUAGAUGCCCUUUCUCUCAUUGAAUUUUUUAAAACGGGAACGUUUCUCCACCAGUGACUAAAACUCUCUCGACUAGUGCUGAAGCUUAUUAAUACUAAGGGCAGGCCCAAAUUAUUAAGCUAAUAAAAUGUCAUUCAGCAACAGA